GGUCCAUUCCAAAGGUGUCGGCGCCAUGGGUGGCAGCAGGAGCAGCGCGGCGCUGCUGGCCGUGCUGCUCGGCGCGCUCUGCCCGCGCAGCCUGCCCUGCGGCAUCUCCACGCACGUUGAAGUAGCACAUAGAGCUCUGGAAUUUUUCAGCAAGCAUGAAGGGAAUGUUAACUACAGACAGUUGUUACUAAAUCACCAAGAUGCAUUUCAGGCUGGGAGCAUUUAUCCUGAUGCGUUUUAUCCAUCAAUCUGCAAAAAUGGAAUAUAUCAUGGUGUCUCUGAAGACACUCACUGGUCACCCUUUCUCAAUGCAAGUAUUCAGUAUAUCAGAAGGAAUUAUCCUCAGCCUUGGGAAGAGGCUACAGAGAAGCUGGUAGCUUUCCUGUUUGGAAUUGCCUCGCACAUGGUUGCGGAUGUCAGCUGGCAUAGCCUGGGCAUUGAACAAGGAUUCCUAGAGGCCAUGGGAGAG